CUUUACUUUGCUUAGGAUGAUUUAAGAUUUUCCAAUACUUUCCCCUUUUGGGUGAAGCCCCUUCUAGGGAAUCUGUAGGGAAUUGUGUAUAGUGAAAAUAGACAUGUAUGAUUUCAAGUUCCUUGAUGUUCCUUGUACCAAUCCUAAGAGGAUGAUGAAGACCAAUUUCCCGCCAUUUUGACCUUGGGCGAGAUGGACUUCUCCUUUUCGCUGGCAGUGGCCAGAUUGAGACCGAUUGGGACCCCCCUGAUCGCUUCCUCAUACCUGGCGGAACAUGACCCGAGCGAGGUGGAAGUGCACCCGGCCGACGACGGCGAGCGUGCGGCCUAUCGUCGUGUGAGUUUGCCUGGGAUGAAUGGAGCCUUGGAGAAGAACAUCAGCGAGCUCAACGAGUGGGGUGCGCAAGUCUUGCACAGCGUGGAUGCCACCGAUUUGGAAGGGACCUUGAGAACACAAGGAGUGGAAGGUGGAUUCCAUAUUAUCAUCUUCCCCUUCCCGCGCUUUUCGCUGAGCCGUGCUCCAAACCCGUGCAACUCCAGACUGUUGAGGGACUUCUUCAAGAGUGCCCAAGAUGGAAUGUUGUUGGAAGGAGGUUUGAUCCAGCUGAUCAUGCUUUCGUCUCAAUACGAGGAUUGGGACGUGAACGGCAUGGCGAAUGAUGUGGGAUUUCGUUUGACGAGCCGCGUUCAGAUGCCGCCGUCCUUUUACCAACCUCGUGAGAUGAGCGGAAAGGCUUGGACUCCAAGUGGUGCAGAGCUCUUGACCUUCGAAGCUGCGCCAUUGGCACCGAUAGUUGAAAUUUAGGCGCCGUAUUGAGGCACCCUUUUUAGGCGCCUUAACCAUGGUCAAAAUCAACUGUUGUGUUUUGU